AUGGAAGACAGUGGUGGUAGAGGUUUUGGUAGAGGAAGAAAUACUAAUAGAAGUCUUGGCAAAGGUAGGGGAAGAGGGAGAGGUAAAAGGAAUAGUACUAUGGCAGCACCACCUUCUAUUGGGGAAUCCACACUACCUUCCACUACCCAUGCAACGCCUCCCCAUUGUCAACCCACCGCAGAUUCCACAUCUAGUCAUGAUCCACUUGUUGGGCAAUCCACACCACCUUCCACUACCCAUUCAGCGGCUAGUCAUGUUCCAUCUGAGGAUAUUGGUAAUCUUAGCGGUGAUGGAAGAAUGUUGAUCCGUCCAGCUCCAUCAAACGAGUUUGAGCCGUCCGGUAUUGUCCGCGAGAUCAUGACGAUUAUAAAAAGCAAGUUUGUAGGAAAUUGGACAAGUUAUGCAACAACAAAUAAGUUUGAUCCAGACUUGACUAACAUGUGGUUUAAUGAAUUUAAGAGGAAGUUUAGAUGGCUACCUGAGCAUGACAUCCAAAUCCGGAAGUCUUUUGACCACAAAGCAUCUACUGGGCUAGGGGACUCACUGUAUAGGGUGCGUAUUAAGAGAGAUAGUGGAACCUGGAUUCCCGAGCAAAACCGUAAGGUGAUGGAACAAAAAUGGAAGGAAGACGCCGAAUGGAAGAGAAAGGCAGCAAUAAAUUCUAAUAAUAGAAAGUCAUCUAGUGGUCCCCUACAUACAGGAGGAUCCAUUCCUUCAUCUGAGCACUUUAGGAGAUUAGAAAAAUCGAGUGAAAAGAAACCUGAUAAUUGGGAAUUAUUUGAAAUCACUCACAAACUCAAAAAUGAUCCCACAAAAUGGGUUUCCCCAGUAGCAGAGAAGAUUGCGGUUGAUUUUGAAACACAAAUUGCUGCAAGAGACUCACAGGAGAAUGAAGAUGGUGCCCACAAAAAAUCAAAUGAUGAAAUCUACUUGGAGGUUGUUGGGGGUGCGAACAAGAAGGGGCGGAUUUAUGGAUUAGGUGCAGAGGCUGUAAAGUUCAAACGUUAUAAGGCCACGUCAUCUCAUGGCGUCUCACCCUCAGAGUAUGAGACAAUGAGAAAUCUUGUUUCUACUUUAACAGAGGAGAACAAGAAGCUAAAGGGAAAAAUGGAGACAUAUGAUGAAAAAUUUGCAAACUUGGACAGAUUCUUGGAGAGCUUUCCUCAAAGCAUGGCUUCACGCUCUGUUGAACAAUCACCUACAAAUCAGCAUAACAUAGAUGAUGAAGAAUUAGAGGAUGAUUUGGAUGGCAUUUGA